UCGAAGGUAUUGGACAGACCGGGAGGAAGUGAGUGGAUCGCGGCGGCGUAUUCGGGGGAGGGAAUGAUGCAUGCAUGCAUGAGUGGAAAGGCACUGGCGUACAUGGUGCUUGGGAAAGACGUUGAUUGGCUCCCUGCUCCGUUUCGCAUGACAGAGAAAAGGUGGAAAAAGGCAAAUAUUGUGUCUUGGCUGCAAUAA